UUCUAUCCUUUUGAAUUGCGCAAAAGAUUUUAUAUCAGGAAAACUUUGUGUUCAAAAAGGAAAUUUUGAUAUAGUUUUCUUUGAUCGAAUCAUUGUUUAGAUAUUGUUAAAGGAAUACUUGCAAUAACCUCACAUCGCUUAAAGUGGUUCUGAUUCACUGUUAUAUAUUUUGAAAUAAUGUUUUCAAACAAUGCUGAAGGAUUUGAUGAUUUAUGAAGGUUUAUUUUGUUAGUCAUUGAAAUGCAAAAUAAACAAGAAUUUUAAAAGUGAAUAUAACUCUAUGAUUUAAAAUUUUAUUCUUGAAGUAUCAAAGUAGAAACAAGGACAGAAGGAAUUAUGUCGGGAAACAGGAGUAACGGAACAUAUGUUGGAAAUUCUACAAAUAAUCCAUAUGAGUUUUAUCAGGCUGAACAAUUAAUAUUUUUGUGUAUCCUGUUUGCAAUGAUCGUGAUUGGAAAUACCUUGGUUCUUCUUGCAAUAAUAUCAUCCGGAAAACGACGCUCAAGAAUGAAUUUCUUCAUGAUAAAUCUGGCAUGUGCAGAUUUGUCUGUCGGAUGUUUAAUGGUUCUAACUGACAUAAUUUGGAAGGCGACAAUUACAUGGCAUGCUGGAAAUAUCGGUUGCAAAGUCGUAAAAUUUGCUCAAUGCGCAGCAACAUACGGUGCGACAUACUCACUUGUUGCCCUGUCAAUCGAUAGAUUUGAUGCUAUUGCCAGACCAAUGAGUAUGGCAGGAGUAGAAAAACGAUGCAGGAUACUUGUGACAUUAGCAUGGAUGUUUGCCGGACUAUUUUCUGUACCCAUGUUCUUUAUGUACGAAGAACAAAUGAUAGACAAUAUACCUCAGUGCUGGAUGGAUCUAAAAGACCCGUGGAUGUGGCAGCUGUAUAUGACCCUUGUGUCGUUUGCCGUGUUCAUAAUUCCCGCCAUUAUAAUCGCGAGCUGUUACAUCAUAAUCGUCGUCAUCAUCUGGAGCAAAUCUUCCAUGAAAUUUAAAUCACCGCCUGAAAAUGGCUGCAGCGAAAAAACAAGAUGCUUAUCGGAAAACGGGUCAAUCACUGUACGUUUUACAGCUUCAUCAAAAACUAAGACACAGUGUAUGAGCGCUUCCAGUUCUAGAGGACUAAUCCCAAAAGCAAAAAUAAAAACAAUCAAAAUGACCUUUGUUAUAGUUUUAGCUUUCAUCCUGUGUUGGUCUCCAUACUUUAUCUGGGAUUUGUUAACGGUUUACGGCCAUAUUACAAUGUCACAAGAUGUGAUCGCCGUAAGCACGUUUAUUCAAAGCCUUGCACCUUUGAACUCUGCCGCCAAUCCGUUGAUUUACACGCUAUUUAAUACCGCCAUGUGCACAAGGAUAUUUAAGAAACAAACUAAUUACAAUUCGCCGCCGACAUCGCAUGGGUUCGCUGGAAACUUUUGAAAUAGAAUGUGUGUGUAUGUGAUGCUUUAAGUAGGACAUAAACGAUAAAUAAAUUGUAAAUAUAGAAAAAAAUCAAUGCUUAAGCACAUUCAGCAGUUUAUAAGUACUCGUUGGAUGAAGAGAGAAACAAUAUCUCCAAGUAAAGAUGGAUUUACGGUCUGUACACAAAGACAUUCAUUUAGAAUACGCAUCUAUAACACAUAUAUGGACAAUUAAAUAAUGUUUACCAUUAUUUAGCCAAAGGUACCAAUGAACAGUAAAUAACAUUUAAGAUGUUGGUGUGAGAGAGAAUCAUAUUUAUGGAAUUAAAUAAAACUUUUUGCAUUCAUGACAAGAGUUGCGGCUUUAAAACUUUGUAUUGACAAUUAUUAUCAUAACUUGUUGAAAGUUAGUUUAUAGACCACUAAUCACAAGGAGUUACGUUAGUACUACGGUGGACACAUCAAGGUUUACAUACUGAAUUUUACUUAUUAUGUGUGCAUUUCUAUCCAAUCACGAUAUUUCAAGUAUAAUCAUUUGAACAAAUGUAGUACGUUAUUGAAAUUCAUAUAUGACUCGAUAAAAUUAUGAUAUGUUGAUAUGAUAAUUGUCAUAUCUACCAAAUAUUUUGCAAAUGGGAAAAUAUACUUAUUUUAAUUCGUUUUGAAUGUGUUUCGUAUGUCUGUUUUUCGAAUGUUGAGUGACUUGCACUUAUUAACUCCUUUUUCAUAAAAUAUAUUACUACUCUAAAAUAUUUUCAGAUACAGCUACGUAUUACACAAGUGACUUUGUAAAUUAAAUAUUUUAUAUUACUGACUGGCUAAUGACUUUUUA